CGCAGGUAUAAAUAGAUGGCCAUUGGUUUUGGUGUUCUCAAAAGCUUUCUACCACGCUACUUGGCUCUGACAAACAUGGCCGAGAGGUUUGAUGCAAGAUUCUUGUUCCACCUAGCUCUUUUGAGCUUGCUCCUUGGUUCGGCCAAUGGCAUUGGCCUGAAGUUUGGGUUCUACAAGACGUCGUGCCCGGACGCCGAGGCCAUAGUCCGGAAGACCGUAUCCAGUUACUUCUCUCAGGACCCCACUGUCUCUGCUCCGUUGCUUCGGCUGCACUUUCAUGACUGCUUUGUUAGGGGCUGCGAUGGCUCGGUGCUGCUCAACUCCAGCGAGACCAAUUUGGCCGAGAAGGAGGCGAUGCCAAACCAAAGCCUCGAUGGGUUUUACGUCAUCGACGCUGCGAAAGCGGCACUGGAGAAAGCCUGCCCCGAGACGGUCUCGUGCGCAGAUAUCGUAGCUCUCGUAGCCAGGGAUGCUGUGUCCUUGCCUACAGGCCAAGGCAAUAGCCUCUACCAAGUCCACACCGGGCGGCGAGACGGGUUCGUCUCCAAGGCUUCCGAGGCUGUAGCUAAUAUUCCAUCUGCCUUCUCAGACUUCGCCGAGCUGAAAGCAGAAUUUGCUUCCAAGGGACUAAGCGUGAAGGACUUGGCUGUCUUAUCAGGCGCUCAUGCGAUUGGUAACUCGCACUGUUUUUCCUUCGGCAAGAGGUUAAACAACUACAAGGGCAAACGUGACAUCGAUCCAACUUUGGAUCCAAACUACGCAAUGGAAUUGCGAAACAAGUGCAGUACGGGUAUCAACACGGUGGUGGAGAUGGUUCCGGGCAGCUCGACGUCGUUCGACACCAAAUACUAUGAUUUGGUGGCCAAAAGGAAGGGGCUGUUCCGUUCUGACGAGGCUCUCCUCCAGGACAAACGGACCAGAGAUUACGUUUAUUCUCGACUUCACGCCCCUGAGUCGAGCUUCUUCUACGACUUCGGCAAAUCAAUGAUGAAGAUGGGGAAGGUUGGAGUCCUCACAGGCAAUACAGGGGAGAUAAGAAGGAACUGUGCUUUGGUCAACCACUAGGUUGUCGAAUUCGUUGUGGAUUUUCUUGUUGUUCGUGAAUUUCUAAUAAACGCAGGAUUCAUUGCAUCGCCACUUUCUUCUUGUAUCAACAGAUGAUUUGUUGUGUUGAAUUCAUCCUAUCUUCCAUGAAAUAAAACAGUGGUUCCUGAAAUGGUGACCGCAUGGGUUCCUCCGUUUGCAAGUAUCAGCGUCGGGUCUUCUCCCCGGACUAAGCCCACUCAAAGGCCUCCUCCAGUGUCAAUUGGGUCCCAUGGGCUAAUCGUUAGGAGUCGAGAGCAAGGUUUACGUACUUUUGCUUUAUCCUCUCAUCAGUUACUCUUCUUGUGUUUUGAUUCUGGCAGUAGUCGUUGAAGCAUGUUGGGAAGCCAUGGGCUGUGCCGCUUCUGCCUCAUCUUCCUUCUCACGAUCGUUUUCCUAGUCCUUCUCUUCUACCUCACCUACCGCCCCAUAAAGCCCCGUUACUACCUCACCGCGUUCUCUCUCCUACUCAACUCCUCCUCCUCCUCCUCGGCCCCCGGUGCCGGCGCUGUGGUGGCCUCCUUCGAGCUCGCCAUCAAAAACCGUAACAAGGAGCUCGGCGUCUACCACGACGACCUCGGUCUUUCCCUCUCUCUCCCCCCCUUCAAUUCCUCCUCUUCUGCCACCGCAGUUGUCCCCGGGUUCUAUCAGGGCCACCAGAGGACCGCAUCCAAGGCGGGCUUUUUCAAUCUUUCUUCUUCUUCUUCUUCUUCCAAGCGCCCCUGGGCGGCGGUGGCGAACGGGUCGGCGGUGCUCCGCAUCGCGGUGGAAUCGGCGGUUCGGUACAAGGCGGUGGCGUGGAGGAGCCAGCGCCACAGGGUGAGCUUGGCGGCCGAGGUCGCGAUCGACGGGGAGGGUAAGAAGACGGCGGAGGACAGGAUCCGAUUCCAUUCCUGUGCGCCGCGGGUCUACUGUGAUGAUCCAUUCCGGCACUCCAUCAUCGCCGUUGUUUUGGUUGCCUUUGCUGCGCUGAUGCUGAGUGGACGGCUGUGAUUUUAUCGUUAUCUUGUGCAUACUCGGCGACGGUCGUCUAAGAGGGUUUUUUUUUUAUAGCUCCAUGUGGCAUGGGAGUUGCUUGUACCAUCGGGAAGCCCAUAAAAUUGUCAUUUGGAUUAGAUGGGCGAAAUAUGUGGGUACUCUGGUGAAUCAAUGGGCUUGCAAUGUGUAUGUAACAUGGUUCUGUACUGAACCUGUUUGAUUAAUGCUCCUAUUACUUGGUUUUUUUGUUUU